CGGCAACACCAACGAAGUGAGCCAUCGCCCUGUUAACGGUGUCAUGGCGGUUUGACUUGUUGAAGGUUUUUUUUGCAAUAACUUACUAGUUAAUGUGCUUUUUAGCUGUGUAAUCUUUUAAUUUCUGUGUAUUAAUUCAAAUUCAUCAAAACAAUCAAUAAUGCGCGAAUACAAAAUAGUCGUUCUGGGUAGCGGGGGCGUGGGAAAAUCCGCCCUGACAGUACAAUUCGUACAAGGCAUCUUUGUGGAGAAAUACGACCCCACCAUCGAAGACAGCUAUCGGAAACAAGUAGAAGUUGACGGACAGCAAUGCAUGCUCGAAAUUCUAGACACGGCCGGAACGGAGCAGUUUACCGCUAUGAGAGAUUUAUAUAUGAAAAACGGACAGGGGUUUGUCUUAGUAUACUCUAUAACAGCCCAAUCGACUUUCAACGACUUACAGGACCUGAGGGAACAGAUUCUGCGGGUGAAGGACAAGGUGGAUGUACCAAUGGUGUUGGUUGGCAACAAGUGUGACCUGGAGGCGGAGCGCGUGGUUGGCAAGCAACAGGGCGCGAACCUCGCAAACCAUUUCGAUUGCGUCUUUAUGGAGACCUCCGCGAAGGCUAAAAUCAGUGUGAACGAAGUGUUCUACGAUCUAGUGCGACAGAUUAACAAAAAAUCACCCAAGGAGGAAAAAAACAAGAAGAAACCAAGAUUAUGUCGCAUGCUGUAAAGAUAAAGGCGCUUCCGACGCAACUAGGUAUUAAAUAUUUAAUAAUUUGAAAGACUUCUCGUACCCAGAUAUGGCUCUUGACAGUUCCAAAAGUUAAUUAGGUCGGGUGAGCAUGGUUGGUUAUUGAAUACCCUUAGCAUUUUGGAAAUGUGCAUUUGUUGUGCUCUUGUGGUCCGGAGCUGUAAGAUGAGAUGAAAUGCAUCACAGAUCCUAUCAUAGGUGUUGUCUCCUUAUUGUAUUAAGUUGACUACUUCCUCAGCUGUGUAUUUAUAUUAGUGGUUCAUAAAGAUACAUUCAAAGAGCCUGUAUGUGUUUCACCCUCCGAUUUCCAUUAUGAUUAGUGUGAAUGAUGCCAUGUUCAGAAGUAAUCUCUCACUUCACUUAAUUACCAAUAACUUGUGAUUUCCAAAUCAUACAGAGCUGUAACUAUUAGUUUAAAACUGUAACUGCCUAAAUCUCUAUUAGUAUAUUUAAUUGGUAUCUUUAUAUUAAACGAGUCUUGCAAAGGCUACCUAGUUUCUUAUAGGAUAUUGUUAAAAUCCCCGCUUGGUUCAGACAUUUAUAAAAUGUAUACAAACCGGAGUUAUCAUAGCGUCAUUGCUCAUCAUCAAAGGUCCGAAGCUUUAAAGGAUUUGCACAAUCUUUACUUAAAAUAUAGUUUGUUACUGUCAUAUUAGUUCUCUAGCUGUUGUGUGAGUGCUGGUUGUUUUGGACAUUGUUUCCUUAUAUCUGCCAAGAAUGCUUAACUGUUUAUCAUAAAUUGUAUAUUAAUGUAGCAUGUUCUCAUGAACAAAUCAUUUUCCAUGUCUGAGCUGAGCCGGUAUAUUAUGAUAGCAUUUAAUAAAAUGAUAUAAAAACUUCUGAACAGCCGUAUGCGAGUAAGGCGGGCUCCUCGGAGACCAAGAGUUUGUGCCAGUGGGCCAUAACCAGUGUAAAAUGUUUAAUAUAUAAGGAUACAUUAAAUUUUUUCAGAUAUAUUAUUGUCUUGUUAUAUAAUACAAAUGUAUGAAAAGUUAUGACAACACACCUUUCGGAGUCUCGCAUUCAUGUAUUCGAGCUCCGAGUCGGUGAAGCCGCUAUGAUAGUGCCCAUGUCCCGUAGAUUGUUUGCCGGCACUCAUCGGAUACUAUACCUUACUAAAGUCUAGAUGAAUAUUAAAGUUAUUGUAAAUUGAAUAAAUAAAGUAUUACAAGUA